AUUCUAAUCUAUUAUUUUCUAUCGCAUUCCCGUAGAAAAUCCUCGAAAUCUCUCAAUCUAUUCCCGUGUCAUCGAUGCUUAUCAAGAGCUAACUUUUUACGACCCGUCCAUCUUCGUGCGAAGAGAGUGAGAGAGGGAGAGAAAGAGAGAGAGCGAGAGAAAGAGAGAAAGAGAGAGAAAGAGAGAAUGUCCAGAUCGUUACCAUAUGAGGCCGUGAAAAACCACGUCGUGCGGCCUUGCUGAUGACUUCCGGUAUGCCAGCGCAUCCGGCACGCGAACCUGUUGAUACGAGGUUUACAACGAGGGUGCAAGUACCCCGACAAUGCGGUAGAAAGCACAGGUCUGACAAAACGGAUCCCAAAGGCAUGGCCAGCAGCACGGAGGAUUACGGGUCGGAAUUACAGGAGCUGCAGUGGGGUGGGGGUGGGGGGUCCCACUUCCUGCGUAGCGGUUCCCACUUCCUGAGGAGCGGUACGGGCGGUUGUUACGAGGCCGAGGAUUUGGAGCCGACGAGCAGGCACCAUGGCAGCCAGCACAGGGGAUAUUACAGCCCUCCCGGCACGAGUUACACGAUCGUCGAGAGGCCGCCGAGUGCCCCUCACCACCAUUCGUCCCACACCACCCCGUACAGGCAUAGGGGGCACGCCACGCCAGGAUCUGGCGCCAUCUCACCUGAGCAGGUGCUCAGACUUUUCGGGAACGGUGUCUCGGAGCGUCGACAGGGUGACAGAAGGACACCGGCCUCCUCGCCCGCGAGCGUUGCCGCGGUGAGAAGCACCCCAUCCUCGACGUCCCAGCAGCAGCAGCAAUCCCAGCAGUCGCAGCAGUCGCAGCCGAACCCGGCCAAUCCCCCGACCUCGCCGAGCUCCCAGCCCCUCAGCCUUCAGGAACUCACCGUAAGGACAAUCACCAUGACGAGAGAUCCACCGGACUCUCAUGGCUUUGGGAUCUGCGUGAAGGGUGGCAAGGACGCAGGUGAGAUCCGAAGUACCUUCAGGCUACCCCCAUCGCCGUACUUCGCGCCUCAAGAUCGAGGGGUGGGUGUCUACAUUUCGAGGGUGGAGGAGGGUUCGGUGGCCGAACGUGCUGGACUCAGGCCAGGAGACACCAUCUUGGAGGUGAACGGCACACCCUUCCGGGCGGUGACCCACGAGGAGGCCCUCAAAAUGCUAAAGUCGUGCAGAACGUUGAGCAUGACCGUGCGAGGGCCAGCGUUGGACCCACGGUGCAGAGGUGGGCAUCCUGUCUGGUCAUCUUCCGGCCGACAACAGUCCUGCAGCUGGAUCGACCGCCAAGGUCGCCCAACCUCGCCACCUCCGCUUUAUCCACCCCGGGACCCUAGGUACGGACCAAGGACGAGAAAGGUCGAGCUCUGCAUCGAGCCUGGCCAGUCCCUCGGCUUGAUGAUCAGGGGCGGCCUCGAAUACGGCCUUGGGAUUUAUGUGACCGGGGUCGACAAGGACAGCGUGGCCGAUCGGGCUGGACUUUUGGUGGGUGAUCAGAUCAUCGAGGUGAAUGGGCAGAGUUUCGAGGAGGCGACCCACGACGAGGCAGUGGAAAUAUUGAAGACGAACAAAAGGAUGACACUCCUGAUUCGCGAUGUGGGAAAAGUGCCACACUCUUGCACCACGAGCCAGCCUAUCGUUGUACCGUCGACCAGAUACCCUGAACACGAUCCUCUGCUCUUGGAGAGCCCUGGAAACCAUCGACCACCGAGUCCUACCAUCGCGAGCGAUUGGAGGCACAGAAACGUGCACAUGGUUUCUGCGGCGACUGCAGCGAUGGUGGAGGAAAAAGCGAGGGUGGUGCUCGCGAGGAGCGAGAGGGCCGCCCUUUCACAGCUUCUGGCCGACUACAGGACGCGUCGAAUGACAAUCGAGGAGCUGGUUGUCAGUUUAGGCGACCUGCUGAACACACACGAGAAAUUGACACUGCUUACCGAGCUCAGGGAACUCGUCGACAGCAAAGACAGAGCUGCCUUCGACGAUUUGGUUUACAGGCCUCGAGUAGCCAGGAGAAAAGGUGAUCGCGCCCAUUCGGAUUUAAUAGUGACGCCAUCCCUUCACGAUCUUCCGAGGGGUGUGCCCGGUGGUUGUUGCCGUCCGGGACGACUGGUGGACGUCGAGGGAGAUCCUCUAGGAGUGACAGGACCUCUCCUGCCAAGGGAUAACCAGGAAUAUAGAUCGCCCAGCGAGGACAGCGGUCUCGGGGCCGACAUGCCCAGGACCAGAGCUGGGUGCAGGAGGACGCCGCAGCACCAAGUGACCACCUCCGAUCUCGCCCUCUCCAACGACGACGAGUGCGACAACCAGGAUUACGAGGACGAGUUGGAGAACGGGCGUGGACGUAGGCACAGCUCGCCAGGUGGCUCGAGGGGGAACCCCAGGGAUUACGGCCAUCAUCAUCUUCAUCCGGACAAUUUGGAGAGCGACGGUGGUUGCGAUGGUAGCGACGCCGAGAUGAUCGGUAAUGGGAGACGCGGAGGCGGAACGGAAAGGGAUCGCGAUAUGGAGGAGGAUGAGGACGAAGGAAGGGAGGAAAGGAGCUCAGAGGGUGGAGGUGGUGGAGGUUUCGGUGGUUGGAGGUCCCACCUGCUCGGUGGGCUGACGCAACGUGUCAAAUCCUGGUACUGGGGCGCCAGGCCCCUCGAACUCGCGCACAAGCUCUCGCGGAGCUUCGACAUGCAGGAGGCUCAGCUCCUCGAGGAGGGUGGCUCUGGUGCCGCUACGGCGGGUGCUGGGGGCGCGGGUGGCCCGCCACGAAGACAUCACAGCGCUCAGAGAUUGGCCAGGAGCGAAAUAUCUGAGAGAAGGGAAGAGGACGGAGCGUUGGUGGUACCCGAUCACCAGGGCAACCUGAGGAUCACCGUGAAGAAGACCAAGUCGAUUUUGGGCAUUGCCAUCGAGGGCGGUGCCAAUACCAAACAUCCACUGCCCAGGAUCAUCAAUAUACACGAUAAUGGGGCAGCUUACGAGGCAGGUGGCCUCGAGGUCGGUCAACUGAUCCUAGAAGUCGAUGGACACAAAGUGGAAGGUCUGCAUCAUCAGGAGGUGGCAAGACUGAUCGCAGAGUCGUUCGCGAGGCGCGAUCGCAACGAGAUCGAGUUCCUGGUGGUCGAGGCGAAGAAGAGCAACCUGGAGCCGAAGCCGACAGCGCUGAUAUUCCUGGAGGCGUAGCAGGAAUCUCCCACCUCCGAGCCGGAACCACCGUAGCCCAACCUGACCAGAGCUCGGCCCGCGACACACUUGGAGCGUCGUCGACGCUGAACCGACGUCAUGAGAAGCUGAAGAGAUCGAUGAUGGACCGGGAAAAUCGAUCAUUCAAGCUCGUCAUCGAUCGAAAACGAAGAGAGAUCGACAAGAGGUAGAGGAGGACGACGAGCUUGCUCUUCAUCUUCAUCGAACGCUCCCGAUUCGACGGUCGAGCUCUCAGUCAGGUUGUUGAUCGAACCUGGCCUUGGUGGUGGGAAUUCUCGAGGAAGAAUAAAUAAUAAGAGAGAUAAAAGAGAAGAAGAAAGAAAUUAAAAAAGAAGCGAGCCAUACUAAAAGAUGUUGGCGGAUGAAACUUAUGAUUAAAGUCAAUUGGAUGAUAAUUAACGGUGAUCGCCUCUUUGUUGAAGAGUUAACGGGAUUGAAAGCUUCUAACCUUUACCCGUGAAGCUGUAAGCGGCUCCGUGACACGAGAUGAGAAUCGUGGAAUAAAAAUCGUGGAAGAUCCGAAGGAGACAAAACACAGGAGUACAAAAAGAAAUAUACGGUUGAAACAUGAGAUCUAAUAUAAAGGAAAGACGCUAUGAGUGCGAGGAUAACGUUAAGGAGUUGGAAGAUUGACUGUGCCAAACUAUUAGGAUUGCUUCGCGUAUAUUAAUUACGAUAUCCUAAACGAGAUUCAAAAUCAAAGACUCUCGACCAGAGAGAAGAAAAAAGGUUCAAAAAGUAUGAGCUACCAUUUGUGGGAUCCUGAGUGCUACGAACUUGUGCUAACACCUCACGAUGACGGUGUUACAUGAACGCUCUCGGAUUAUGGCUCGAAGCAGAAGAACACGAUCGAACACGAAGAAAAGGUGGUUUUCACGAGUCGAACGUGCCACGAUUAUGAGAGACACGUGAGACACUGUUGAAAUAAAAUACGUUAUCGAAGAUCCUAAGAUGGAUGGUGUCGUCGGUCAGGAUUUUCGUCGAUCGAAAUACCUCGUUGGCUUAUUUAGCGGCGGUGAUGACAAUCGGUGUCGAGAAGAAAAGAAAAAUUAUAAUUUCAAACGGAUCCAUAUAUACAUAUAUUUAUACAUAUAUAUGUGUAUGUACAUACGUAUGUAUGUAUUUGGUGCUAUAUUGUCUGAAAUUUCGAGUUUUCAAUUUUAAGAAAAAAUUUCAUUUCGAGUGUUAAACUUCAAAGCCUGUUAGAACCUUCGACUACAGAUGCCCGAAACUCUAUUUUUGCACAUAACCUAGAUAAGCGUUAGUACGAAUGUAAAUCAACAGGCGGCGUUGCAUGCAAAGAGCGAGGAACGAAAUCGACGAAAAUCCGAAUCGAGGAGAGGCAGAGACUAAAAAAAAAAAAAAAAAAAAAACAUAGACUUAUUAUUGGGAAUUGUUGAGGCUUAACAAAAUAUAUUAUAUAUACACAUAUAUUAUAUAUGAUAAUAUUAUUGACUAUUGUAGUGGAAUUGCAAACUUGUACCUACCCGAUCGCACCUCGCUCGCCGACUUCCGGUCGCGCGGUCGGUUAUCGUGAAGAGAGCGCGGGACGAGAGAACGAGAGAGAGUAUUAUUCUGCUAAGAAUAAUUGCGAUAAUAUUUUCAACGAAUUAAAAGAGGAAAAAAAUAAUAAAAAAUGAAAAUAAAAAAAAAAACGCGUAGCAACGAGCCUGAUCGUUCGAAUUUUCGAGUCGGUCGCGGACGAUCGCGGCAAAAAAUUUGUCAAAAAUUUCUUCGUUCGAGGGAAAAAGAAAAGAGGGAUAAUUUUCCACGAUCCUUUAAAUUAUCAUCAUCAUUCGCGACGAGAUGAUCAUUGCUUUACAUAAUGAAAAUUGUUGUUGAAAGCGAUUCCUUUCUAUACGAGCCGUGCUCCACGCUCGGAAAACUCGAGCUCACUUGUUACUUUUCGUGCAAAGAUAUUGGUGCUUUUUCACCUUCGUUCUCGUCGUUUGGACAUUUUUUACGAUGAAUCAUAGGAGAGGAGAGAAGGAGAUUUUUCCAAAUGAAUUUGCAAUUUGCGUCUUUAUUCUCGAUCGAAUUUUUUCGAUCGUGGCGCACGAUCGCUUCGAUUUCACCGGUCGCUAAUUGGAAAAACGAGGAAGAUUUGUAAUUUAUUGCGCGAGUUAGUAGAGCGGUUCCUAUUAAUUUCAUUUUUUUUUUUUUAAACAUUGCAAUUUUUUUUUCUACCCAUCUCAGGAAUGAAAAUGAUUCAUUCUUUCGAGAGAUGGAAUAUUUAUUUCGCUCGUUUCAUUGAAUAACAAGAAAGUAGAAUUCGUACGUGGUUUGCGUUAAUGGGGGAAGGGAAGAAAGUAGAUUAAUUUUCAAAUUAAGUAGAAAGUUUGAUUUCGAUACGAUAGAAAACGAAAAAAAAAAUAAAUAAAUAAAUAAAUGAAUAAAUGAAUAAAAGAAAAAAAGAAAAAAAGAAGAAAGGAAGAUCGGUUUCAGGAACUGGUUUGUUAAGAACAAACAGUUGUUUCGCCAACUAUUUAAAUAACGUAAUUGUUACCGCAAUAAUUACAUUUACAUAAAGGAGUAGUAGUAUUAAUAAUUAUCAAUUCGUGAGUAUAACGUAGCGAACGUUGUUGUAAAAGUAAAUGGUUAUACGUCUUGUUUAAUAUAUCUACCUGUUACCAAGUUAAAUGUAAUUUUACUAGUAGUGUGUAUAAGUUGGAUAUCGACGAGUCCACGAGUCGUUUUAUCGAAUAAAAACCGAUGAUCGUCCGCGAUUUUGCUCGCUUUUAAAGAGGAAAAAAAAAAAAAGACAAAAAGAAAAUAAAGAAAAAAAGAAGUAAAAAAAAAAAGGAAAAAAAUCGCGAAAAAAAUACCGUGCAAGCUUAAAAUAGUUAUUAUCGCGUUAUGUGUAACGGAACAGCAGAAUCGGAAGGCGAGCCGAUGAGAGGAAACGAGAGGCACCGGUGAUUCAAAGAUUCGAAGAAAAUUCGUUUCUUUCCGAUUAAUUUUUUCAUACUGUUAUUUUAACUUGUGGAACUUUAAAAAGAUCGUUCUGUCUCGAUCCUUUGUAAUUCCAAGUAAUUAAAAUUUUUUUGAUUUUCAAUCCAAAGAUUUUCACUUUGUAAACGAUCGAAGAAAUAUAUAAUUAUCGAAUGAAAAUAAACGUUAACUAUUUCUUGAACGUUUUUGACUCGAAAGGAAAAAAAAGUACAUUGAAUUUUUUCGAAUCGUUGGUGUAAACUGACCGACAGAAGAAACGUUUCCAAACGGUGAUGUAUCUGGACGCGCGUACAACAACAUGCGUAUUCCGGUAAAUGUGCCAAAGAGUAGAAGAAGGACGGAGAAAAGCGAAGAAGAGAAAGAAGAAGAAGAAACACGGCAUAAAAGUCAGGAAAGUUGUGUAAACGAUCGUAGAUGGGAAAUGAUCGCGUGUGCGCGGACGAGCAAAGAAGGAACAAUUCAAAAAAAAGAAAAAGAAAGUGUUUCGUUGCUGAUGUGCACCUGAUUCUGUAUUUCUUCGUUAUUUUCUAGCACAAAAGUGCAAUUAUAAUCGCUGUCUCGAGACGACUGUAAGAACGAGGAAGAAUGAAUAAAAGACAAAAAAGAAAAAAAAACGAAGAAACGACGGACAGUAAACACGGCUGGCUGCUUUUCGAUUGUAAGCGUGCAUACAAAACAAAAAGGAUACCUCGUGUAUUAAUGUUUCUUCCUGUUUUCGAGGCGAAUUUUUCUAACGCAGCAUCCCUGAAAAAUAAAAAAGAAAAGAAAAGAAACAAAGAAGAAAAAAAAAACCGAAGCGAAACAGUAGUCGACUCUGUCGCAAUUGUAUUAAAAAAAGAAUAAGAUAAAGAUGAAAGGGUAGGAAGAUCGUGGAAAGUGGGGCGCGAAAAGGAGAAAAGGGGGGAUGAUAUUUUUGUAAAAAAAGCCUUCGAUGCAACGCAAUCACGAUUCGAAGAUCUCAGCUGACAUAUCCGACAAUGCCUUACCGCUUUGAAGAAACGAAGAAGAAGAAGAAGAAACACGAAUAAAAGAAAAAGAAAGCGAACCGGUCAACCGAUCGAGGAAAAUCUCGCUUCAACUUCUCUCAACUCGAUCAACACCCUGCGGAAACGAAACGAGGAACCAGCUGCGAGCGAUUUUUUCCCCGAUCUUUCGAUUUUUCGAUCUUAUCCGAUCCUAUGCGACUUUAUAUGAUCAGAUUUCUGGUCGAGGAGUAUUAUGUAAAACAGGGAAGUGGGGGAAAAACUGGUUCCUGAUGGAUGGAUAAAUUUUCGAGCGUUGUAUGAUCCACGCUCGAAUUUUCUAAGAUCGUUUUUUGCGUCGAACCGUGUUGAGAAAAUUACACGCGAUAUAUCAAUCCUCGAAGGAAAAGGAUUUGUCGAGAAUUUUCUUUUCCUUCUCGUCGAUAAAAAUGAGUGGCAUUCCGGCUUGAAAAGAAUUCUCCAAGUUUCCUUAUUAAAAUUCGUCUAAAUUGAAGAAAUUUCGAAAGAAUAUUGUCUCUCUUCUUCUUUUUUUUUUAUACAUCCCGAUAAAUCGAUACUUUCUUCGAUUGAGAGAACGUUAUCGGUAAGUUUUUUCAUCGGAUUUGCAACGGAAUAUAUCGAAAGACAAGAAAUAUGGAAUAUAUGGAAACGUUUAAAGACUGCCAAACUGUUGCAAUUACCGCGUUACCGUGCAUUUAACGGCUACGUGCUAUCUUGCACGAUGUACGCCUCGUGAUCCCUCCCUCCGAUCCCGUCGAGGCAAGAAGAGAAAACGGCGAUAGUCGUUAGCUAUUUUUCCACUCCCGAGUUCCCUUUAUUCCGUCUGGCAGACGGAAGUUUCGAACGUGAACGUGUUUCAAGGAAAACAGAAACUGUCGCUCUCGGUUGAUCGCUUUCCAAUUCUCGAAAAAGAGCAGCGAAAGAGAAAGGCAGAAUACGCAGCGUACCAACGAAGACCAUCGUGAUUCCCCUUCGAUCUACGCAUCUGUCUACGCAUCGAGUAUCGAUUUUUUUUUUUCGAUGAUAAUAAUUUCGAUGGAAUUAACUUGGAGAUCAUGAUUUAAUGGAAUAAAAAAUGGAGUUAAAAUCGGGUGACGAGGAUUCUAUUCUCAGGGAAGAUCGGUUUCGUUACCGAUUUCCGGUAAAACAGAUCGAACGUUCGCGCUUAAUCCAACGUUGAUGUCUCCGUGCUCUUCUCGCCACUUUCAUGUUUUCUUUCUGCCCAAUAUAUUCGACAAUAUGUCUCCUCGAUUUGUCUCCGCUUCUUCCGUUUGAGUUUGACGAAGAAUUGACGUUGCUCGAAUAUUUGGAAUUGAUCUUUUUAUCUCAAAAGAAAAGGAAAUUAUUGUUAUUACAGCUGAUCAUCGAUAUGAUAUUUGAUCAUUUGCUAGAAGAUUAAUAAUAAUUAUUACUUGAGAAUCACAUCGCUCGAUCCUUCAAUUAUUCUUUCCUCUUCUUUUUUAAAAAAAAAAGAAGAUUUAAUGAACGAGUUUCUGUGAAUAAAAUUACAUUACAUGUAUAAUUGUAUAUAAUUUAGAGAGAUAAAGAGGAGAUUACUUCCAAAGAUUCAGACUCAACGUCCCCAAGCCACGGAGCAAUUAGUCGGCAAUCGAUUCGAAUCAAUUAGACGUCGAAGGGGGAGCAAGAAAGCAAUCGAGCAAAACCAGUCGCGAUAGAUCGUAGAUGUAUCGAUUAGAGGCAGAACACUUUAGACGAGACGAGAACAAACACAAACUGGGUCGCGUCCACGAAGAAGAACCCUGCAUUAUUUAAUUAAAAAUAAUAGCGCUGGGGCUCCGAUCGCAGGACUCCUGUCGCAAAAAAAAAUUGCGCGUGUCGCGCUGCACAGAGAAGAAAGAGCGUCGUAAUCUAGAAAAGAGCGAUUUAUUUUUUCAACGAACAAACAGAAACAAAAGAAAGAGAGAGAGAGAGAGAGAGCGAAAGAGAGCGAGCGAGAGAGAGAGAGAGAGAGAAACGAGAAAUACACGGACUCGUAAUAACCACGUUAAACCUGUUCAGCUUUCGCACGUUCACCAUCCGCAAACUUGCUUUUUCUUCGGCCGGCCAUUGGAACCGUGAGUGCGGGCGAGCAUUGAAAUCGAUCCUCGAUCAUGGGGAUCCGAUCACGUGAUGAAAGGUGAGACAUUUCGAGCAGGGGAGGAAGCACGUGACUGCACGAAACUUCGAUUUUCUUGCGGCCGAUUCCGACGAGGCAAAAAUCCAAAAAAUGGGGGAAUUGAUUUCUUAGAGAUUUCUUCAGGAUCUUGGAUCUUGGAUGUUGUAUUGUUCAGAGAGGAGGAAUACAGUUAGAAGAAGCUUGAGGAAUAAUAGGUUUUCUUGCGAAGUGAUCGAGUUAAGAAAUUAAUUUUACGUCGAGAUUGAAUAAACGAUUGAUUUUAUUAUACAUUUCGAUUCGUGGAAGCGAAAAUUGGAACUUGAGAAAUCCAGGAAUGGGGCAGAUACUAGAAGGAUAAAUUCUAAAUAAUUAUAGAAUUAAUUAGAAAGACUUUCUCUAAACUUUCUUAAAAAAAAAAUCUCUUUGUCGUCGGAAUGAGAUUAAUAGUUUUGGCAAAAAGAAAAAUUUCGAGACGCUCACGGCGCAUUCACGGUACCACCGCGAAAAAAAAAAAACUGAAGAAUUAUUACUCGAAACGACGAUCGAGUGAUUCGCGCGGAUCUUUAGCUUAAGCUUCGUUCACGCAACACAAAUCGUCGCAAAACAAAAUCGUCGUGAAACGCGAGUGAGAAAAUAAGAGGGAUAAGUUUGCGAGGGCGAAGAAAAUUAUCGAGGCGUGUCAGUCGAACGAACGAAUCCGAUCGUGUGGUGUCUUUGGCGGAUAAAAUUUGGUCGCUGAUCGAAUUGUAAAAUCGGAUAAAACUGUAACUCGUUACGUUUCGAAAAGGAGCACUCUGUACAUAUAAGCAAACCGCGUUUCAUAUAUCAUCCUUUUUGCAGCCGAUUUCGUACACCUUUUAGCCGACACGUAUACGAACACGUACUGUAAAGAGAGAGAGAGAGAGAGAGAGAGAGAGAGAGAGAGAGAGAGAGAACAAUUCACACGCAUACACACACGCGCGCGCACACACAUACACACACAGUGCAUACACAAAGAAAUGUGACACACGAGAAAAAAAAAAAAAGAAAAAAGAAAAAGACAGAAACGAACGUUCCAAUGGAUGAGAAAACGACGUAGCACGUCGCGUUAAUUAACGUACCAUCGAUUAAUACGCUCAUCGUCGUGGAACGGAGAUAGAGAGGAGAUCGUAUGGAUGAAAUUGUUACACCAAUGUAACAUGUAUUCAUUGAUACGUUAGAGGUAUACAGGGUGUAAAAGAAAUAUGCUAGAAAGGACGAUCUUAUCGGAUUGCUCGUUGUGCAACUCGUUGUUGCACAGGAAAAAUUAGAUUUCUAGGUAAGCUUUCUUUCAUUUAAUUCAUCGAAUAAAGAAUAAGAAUUUCUGCUAUAUAUAAAUUCUGCUUGAAAUAUUAAUUUUUUUAAAUCGUUCGAAUAAAUUUUCUUUUCUUUUUUUUUAAAUUAAAUUUCACUCCUCGAAGAAAAUGAAAUGGAUGAAAUAUGAAUCUAAAUAAAAUUCUAAAAUCUAGAGUUGGAAGAAAUGUUUUUUUUUUCUAAACUUCUCUUAUUGGCUUUGAAGGAAGUGAGAGGUAAAUUAGAUUAUUCCUCGAAUCAUUUUAAAAGCAGUAUACAAUCAAAGAAUUUUGUUUAACUUUUAUAGGAUGGAAAUAAAGGAUUGUUGUUCGAUAUUUUACACCCUGUAUAAUGUAUAAUAAUUAUACGUGAGUAUUAUACUACACACACGAUACAAUCACGGACACGUGUAGAAUAAAUGUAAAGAAACAAAGAAAAUUCAUCGUUUCUCCGGGUGCAACGCGCGCGAAUUAUAUUGUUUGAUUAUUGUUAUAUUGAGCUGACGCUUUGUUCGAUUGUUAUUGUUCAUUAUAUUGUUAUAAUCAUUAUUAUCGUCAUUGGAUGUCGCGUGCAUGAUUGAUAAUCAUCGCCAAUCAGUCGAUUCUUCUUUUUGCGUUACGUUAUAAUCAUUGCAUAUAAUAUAAUUACGUAUAGUAAAUAUUAUUAUUAUUAUUAUUUUAUCGUUAUUAUUAUUAUUAUUAUUAUUAUUAUUAUUAUUAUUAUUAUCGUUAUUAAUAUUAUUCUCGAUAACAUCAUUACCGCGACGAUGGCGAUUAUUAUUGUAAUUGAAUAAAAACAUUCACCACGA